AUGGUACGAGUUAUAUCCGUUUAUAAUUUUUUAAAACAAGAAAUAUCAUCGAUUGAUGAGUCCGUGGAUGUAGCCGAAGUUCCUCCAGAUAUUUUAUUAUUGGCACAGCCAAAUAAUACUAUUUUAGUUAAAGAUUUAUCGCAAAUAAAGGAUCCUGGUUAUACAAUACCCACAGUCGAUCAAGUUGUUAAAAUUGUUUAUUCAGUGAAUGGAAACUAUAUAGCAGCAUUGGAAACUAAAACUACAAGAAGUGGCACCAAAGUUUCUCAUGCUAGAGUUUACAUCAAUUGGGAAUCGAUGAAAGAUUGUAAAGAUUUAUUUCCUAUGAGAGCGAGAAUUGCUGAAAGAGUUACACCGUUAAGCCAAAGUCAAAAUGGACUGGAAAUGGUCGAAAUUCCAAAUCAGUACAUGCCAGAAUAUAUUUCAUGCUGUCCAGUUUCAGGGAAUUUACUUGUAUCAAGUAGAAAUGUAUUGAGUAUAUAUUUAUUUAUUACUCAAACUCAUGAUAUAUCUAAAAUUCAUUUUAUCGAUUUUAAACAGUUAAAUUUCGAUUUACACAUAUCAUUUACACCAAAAAAGCAUCAGAUAAUCGAAGAUAUGAUCGCCGUGCAAAAUGAUGAAUUUUUACACAUUUUUAGAAUUAAAUCAGCAGUGCCAUUAUGUAGUUUGUCCGAUAAGGAAUUCAGCAUAGAUGAAUUCGAAAAGCCAAAGCCUUCAGUUCAAAAAACAAAUUCUAGUCCAUACAAAACGAUUAAUUAUAAAAAAUUAUUAAAUGAAGUUGAUAAAUUAAAUUUUCCCCUUCCCAUUGAUAAUGAAGAAGAAUUGCAAAAAAAAAUAAGCGAAUGUUUCAAUUUGGAAGAAACUGAAAUUUUGAAAAUUGACAUGAAAGGUUUACCCCUCAAGCAUGAAUUUCCGAGUAUAGCAUUGGAAAAAACACUUUUUCAAUUUAGAGGAUCAGAUGUAUUUCGUCAAAAUCCUUUUACAGCUACCAAAGAUUUAUUUGUUAAUUUUGUUACAAAUUCAACAUCGCCAACUUCGAAUAAUGCUAAAAAUGAAUUCAAAGCGAUUAAUUUAUGCCAAUAUCAUUUAAUUCCUUUGACAUUGGGUAACAUUCCUAAUCGAGAAGUAAUUGAAAAAUUCACUUUUUUAAUUCUCAAACCAUAUUAUUCACAUGAAAGAAAACUGAAAAAGUAUAAAAAUGAUCUUUUGGAAAGUGAGUAUUAUCCAAACUUAAAGUCAAUCGCUUGCUUCUUCGGUACACAACAAGAAGGAUAUUUACAAUGUUUCGAAUAUAACAAUAAAGAUGAUGAUGAUACAGUAACCUGUGGAAAUUAUUUCACAUAUGCUUUUACAGCUCCAAUCAUUGAUGUCAAGUUGGAAGAUUGUUUUUUACAUGCAAUCACAGAAAUCGGUUUGGAAACGUACACGUUAAGAGCAGCUAAACAUUUAUAUAAAAAAAAUGAAAACGUGGAUUGUCCAUCUUUAACCGAUCCGGUUUGCUUGAUUGGACUUCAUCCUUUUGUUAAUUUAUUUCAAAGUUGUCUGACAAAUAAUUAUUUAACACUUUUUGCCAACAAUGAAGAAUCAUCGAGUACUCUUUACCAAUUGAAAUUACCGGAUAUUAUGACCGUUUGGAACGAUUUUCUAACAUCCGCCGAAGAAAAUAAAUGGGAAUCUCCUUUAACGUACAGCGAACUAUUGGGAGAAGGACAUUUAAUAUUAAAAACAAAAUUAAAUACGUUCGAAUGGUCGUGGGAAAAAGAUGCGAAUAAAAAUUCACUUUGUUAUGCAAAACCAACGACUCCCAAUUCAAACGACAAUGUUAAAUCAUUAUAUAAAGAAUCUUGUGCCUUAUUCGGAGAUUAUCACAUUUUGAAUAAAAAUUAUCAAUCAUGUUAUUGUUACUACUCGAUGAGCGAGUAUAAAAUACUCGACAUAAUAAAAAGGAUAAAAAAUUUGAAAAAUAACGUACCCGGGAAAUAUAGGGAUGAUUACGAGGAAGGAGACAUAACGAAAGGAUUGAUAUAUUUUUUGAAAAAAAAAUUAUCUCAUUACGAUUUGAAAUAUUACGAAUUUUCCGGGAGCAAUAGAGAAGAAUUUUACAAUUCGGAAAUAGGAAACCUGGUAACGAGUUUAAUGGAUUUACUCGAAACGGUUGAAAAAGAAUCAAUUUCUGAUUUGGUUUUGGAUUCUGUCGUCCUAAGAGAAUUCAGCACGGAUAGAAUAUUGAAAAUAUUAAAAAGUUUAUUGAGUAAAAAUUCGGUACCUUUUGAUAAGGAUGCUUUAUCACUUGCUUUGAUGUGCAUACAAAGGGAUCAAUGCGAACAAGCUAAAACGGUUUUGUUGACAAUGUCGGCGAAACAACUCGAAAAUUUACUCAUACAAUAUUAUGACUUAUUAUUUUCGAAUCACGGUUCGACAGGUUUGAACAUGUUCACAGAACUUUCCAUGAUACUCAUAGAAAUACAUCCGAAAGUGUUGGCAUCCGUUUUGUCACAGUUGGUGACGGAAAAAAGACUUUUAAGCUUGUCAAAAGUAUUGAAAAUAUUUUUAGAUAUCGUACCGACAGGAUGUCGGAAAAAUUCAUCGUUCGUUUUACAAAACGUGCUCGAAAAAUAUUUUAAAUACCACGCGGAAAAUUUUGAAAAAUUUAAUUAUAAAACGACGGAAGCGUUGAAAAUAUUGAUAAGGAUAUAUUUGAUGCAAUUGCAAGGAUGGGAAGAAGAAGGGGAUCGGGAAGAGGAUGAUGAAAAAUGUUCCGAGGUUUUAUUUCAAAAACAUCGUCCGAAUUAUUUGAAUGAGGUACCGCCAUUUUCACCCGAAUUGAAAGAUGUGUUUACGAAAACGUCGUCGUCGACCGAAGAAAAAAGGGAAGAAAAAAAUAAAAAGGGGAAAAUGAUUUUGUACAAAUUACAGUGCAUUAUUUGUUAUGAAAAUUUACCGGAUGAAUGUUUGGCAGAAGUUCGAAAUUUUUUAAUCAAUAAUCAAAAGAAAAAGGAAAAAAACGUGUACGGAGAAUUAAGUUUGAAAAUUUUGUCAGCCGUGUCAGUAGAAGAAGCCGUUGAUCUAUUAAUCGAUUAUGCACCACGUCCGUUAUUUAAAUUUUCGAAGGAGCGAAUUAAAGACAAAGAAAAAUGGAAAUAUUUAAUUGUUAGACUAUUGGAAAAAAUUGACGAUUGUAAAAAUGACGAACGUAUGAAAUUUUUCAUUCAACAAAUUCUUUCCGGUAUGUGGAGAGCGGGGGCAAGAGCGGGGAAAUGA